AACUUCAGAACUAAAAGUACAACUAAAAUUCUAUUGAAAUAAAAUUUCAAACUUCUACAAUCAAAAUGAUUCGCGCCUUGCAGCCCGAUAUGCGUGCGGUCGAAGAGCUGGCCAAAAAAGAGGUUCAAGCAAAUAUUUUCGUAUUUGUUUUGACCUGUGCCCUGAUACGCUUUGUGCCAAAAAUAAUACGCAAGUUCUUUUAGAGGUCUUUUAAAGAUCAUACACUGGAGGGCGCUGCUGAGAGUAGACGAUUUGAAAUUCGAAAUCCACACUGACACAAAAUGUUCACUACCAGAGAUUCAAUUCAGACAUAAUGCAUUUGUUAAUUAUCUAAACACUCGUUAACAAUAAACAUAAGGGGUACCAAGCAGAUGUGAUUCCCUUAAGGUAAA